AUGACACAUUUCUCUUCCUCGCGUCCGCAGGACGUUUAUGCUAUUAUUCUUCGUGUCAAUCGAUAUUUCAAUGCAAUUGAUGAGCGCAACUUUGAAUAUUGUCUCGACUGUUUCGAUGAAUAUUUUGAUGCUGACUACACGAGUAUGGUCGGAGGAGAGCCAAUGAAAGCGUUAUCUCGUGACGUUAACUUGAAAGCAUGGAAUGGAAUGUUGUCGGGAUUCAAUUCGACACAUCAUCUCAUAGGAAACCAUGAUGUGACCUUUGUUGAUGUUGCUACGUGUCGUGUCAAAGCAAAAGUGACUGCCACACAUUGCUUGAAGCGUGAGCAAGGCGAAGAAGAGUUGUGGAUCACAGGUGGCACUUAUGAUUUACAAAUGGUACGGUCCCCAUCAGACGAUCAAUGGCGAAUAAGCUCGAUCAAAUUCACCCAAGCUUGGCAUCAAGGCUCAUCUGAUCUUAUGCUAGAAGCGUCAAAAGUAUGUGCCGAACGUAGUAAAACUAUCUGGUAA